AGCACCCCUCAGGCUCGCGCAGGCGCCGUGUGGAAAAGACAAAACAAAACAAAAUCACAAUAAAAGCCCGACAGGAUUUUGGGGUACUGCUCUUACAUAGGGUUGUACCUGUACCGGAAUACACCUCUGACACUUUCCCAACCCAUGUCCUAUUACGUUUCCUGUAAAGUCAUCGUUCCUGAAGAAAAAAAGCUUUAUCCCUUUCCACAGCUCAUCAUGGUUUUAUGUCUGAAGUUGGGUGAGGUUUGCCACAAUGCCUGGGUCUCUUCCAGUGAAUGCUGAAUCCUGUUGGCCCAAAGAUGUGGGAAUUGUGGCACUGGAAAUAUAUUUCCCCGCUCAGUAUGUUGACCAGACAGAGCUGGAGAAGUAUGAUGGUGUGGAUGCUGGGAAAUACACCAUUGGGCUGGGCCAGGCAAGGAUGGGGUUCUGCUCCGACCGGGAGGAUAUCAAUUCUCUCUGCUUGACUGUGGUUCAGAAGCUCAUGGAGAGGAACAGCCUUUCCUAUGAUUGUAUUGGGAGAUUAGAAGUUGGAACGGAGACGAUAAUUGAUAAAUCAAAAUCUGUAAAGACUGUCCUGAUGCAGCUUUUUGAAGAAUCUGGUAAUACAGAUGUAGAAGGAAUCGACACCACCAACGCAUGCUAUGGUGGCACUGCUGCUCUUUUUAAUGCUAUUAAUUGGAUUGAGUCCAGUUCAUGGGAUGGACGCUAUGCACUUGUUGUUGCUGGAGACAUAGCUGUGUACGCCACUGGAAAUGCCAGGCCAACAGGUGGAGCUGGUGCUGUUGCUAUGCUUGUUGGUCCAAACGCUCCUUUAGUUUUCGAGAGAGGCUUGCGUGGAACCCACAUGCAGCAUGCAUAUGACUUCUAUAAGCCGGAUAUGGUGUCUGAGUAUCCUGUGGUUGAUGGCAAACUAUCUAUACAGUGCUACCUCAGUGCAUUAGAUCGCUGCUACACUGUCUAUCGCAACAAAAUCCAUGCCCAGUGGCAAAAGGAGGGGAUAGAUAGACAUUUCACCUUGAAUGACUUUGGAUUCAUGAUCUUUCAUUCUCCAUACUGUAAACUGGUACAGAAGUCUGUGGCUAGACUCUUGCUGAAUGACUUUCUCAGUGAACAGAACCCAGAAACAGCAAAUGGUGUUUUCAAUGGCCUGGAAGCUUUCAGGGAUAUAAAGCUUGAAGAUACAUAUUUUGACAGAGAUGUGGAAAAAGCUUUUAUGAAAGCCAGUGCAGAGCUUUUCAACCAGAAAACCAAAGCUUCACUACUUGUAUCCAAUCAGAAUGGAAAUAUGUAUACCCCUUCAGUAUAUGGUUGCCUUGCCUCUCUUCUAGCCCAAUACUCCCCAGAGCAGCUUGCAGGACAGAGAAUCAGUGUGUUCUCCUAUGGCUCUGGUUUUGCUGCUACACUGUAUUCCAUCAGGGUUACACAGGAUGCCACUCCUGGCUCUGCACUGGACAAAAUAACUGCUAGCCUUUCUGAUCUCAAAACAAGGCUUGACUCAAGAAAAUGUAUUGCACCUGAUGUCUUUGCUGAAAACAUGAAGAUUAGACAGGAAACGCAUCAUUUGGCCAACUAUAUACCACAGUGUUCAGUGGAAGAUCUCUUUGAGGGCACAUGGUACCUGGUGCGUGUGGAUGAAAAACACAGGAGAACUUAUGCACGGCGUCCAGUCAUGGGUGAUGGACCUCUGGAGGCAGGAGUUGAAGUUGUCCACCCAGGCAUUGUUCAUGAGCACAUCCCAAGCCCUGCUAAGAAAGUGCCAAGAAUCCCUGCAACAACAGAAUCUGAAGGAGUUACUGUUGCCAUUUCCAAUGGGGAGCAUUAAGAUACCUCUGUGAGGUGGGAAAUGGAACAAGAUGUGAGGGUAGGGUGAGAAAGAGAAAAAGGGUUGCAGUAGUACAGUAGUACUUCAUGGAAGCUUGGAAAACCUGUUCAAGCUUCAUGAAAAGAUUGGACACAAUAUGGUGUGCUGAUACUUAUAGCAUUUUCAGAACACUAAAAUCAUUAAUAUACUGGAGGUGGAGGGACUUGCCAAGAGGCUUUUGGGGAUACUUUAACAUGUUUGAAUUUUUUUAAUUGCUGCAUAGUAGCUGUAGUCUAUUACAAGGUCUGUGUACAUAGAAAAAAAAAUCUUCUGCUUGCUCUUUCCAUGUAAAAUGACUUGAAAUCUACACUGUUAACUUCUACUUGUACUCAACUGUGUGGCAAAACAGUCCCAGCUUUUAAUGUUAGGGUUCUCAGUGCCUUGACAAUAAGUGGUCAGUCUUCUGAAUACUGCACUUCUCUUCCCCUUAAUCACCUUUCCUUUCUUCUCACGGUUCACAUCCUAUCACUCCAUUGCUUUGAAAAAGGUGUAGAACCAAGUAACAUUUAGUGCUGGAACAGAAUCUCUCUCACCUAUCUAAAUCCAGAACAACUAGACCAACAAAUGGCUUUCUUCCAAGAAACCUUGUGACCCCGUGCUAGUUACUAUAUAAUUCCUCCUAACGUUACGUUAUGUCUCUGUUACGUGCUUUAUACACGCGUUAUAAAUCGCAGCAGCCUGGGAGGAAAGAGGAAAAAGAGGGUAGCAAUUUUUUUUUCUUCUUCUAAAGAUACGGGUUUGUUGAUUUGGCACCUUUUAGGAUUGUUUAGUAGAUGUCUCUAAGGGAGUAGAAUUUUCAAAUAAAAUUUCUAGAUAUCAUGGAGCUCAUUUAAUUGGCAAAUUAAGGGAUGAAGAUCACUUUGGAGCUUUGGCCUCUCACUAGUCUUCAUAUAAUAAAUUUCUGAAAGACUGUUUCUAACUUUGAAUUUGGUUUCAUACUUUGAAGGUCUUCUCACUAAUAGCUGUACUGUAGGAGUGGAGUCAUUUAUUUGUGGUUUUUUUUCCCUGACAUGCAACUUAAAAGCUAUACAUUUUACAAGUGGUAGAUAAACAGUGCUAAUGGGGAGUCCAUUCUGGUGAAUUUUUAAAGCCCAGAUUGGAAAUAAACUAUGACAUGAGCCUUGUAAGCUUGUAAUAUAUAUUUAAAUUGAGCUAAUGUACAGAAUGAAGUUUUGUUGAAUUUAUUUCUUUGCUAAUACUAAGAAGCUACAUUAUCUUAUAUGAAGUAGCAAAAAAUGUUAAGUUACAAUUAGUCUGUUAAAAUACAAUUUUUUUGUGUGUAAUGAAGUGUUUGUAUUAUCUGUCACUCACUGGGGUUUGAUAACUUGCUGUAUUUGUACAGUCAAGCCUUGGUCAAAUAGUUGUUUAUUAUACAUUGAUGAAUACUAAUCUGUUUGUUCUGCUGAAAAUGAUGGAGCGAUGAUGCAUGAUGAUAGUGUUUGCCAGUAUUUUGAUUUAGAUUGACCUUGUGAAAGUUGACACCAGAAAAAGAAAUUGCCAUGGAACAAAGUCCAUUGCUGGCAGUGGACAAGCCAAGACAUGAGCUACUGGCACACAAGGUUAACCACAGGGACCUCACAGUCUGUGAGGCUGAUCAUUUAUUAAAAUAAAGUUUGAGAUAUUUGAAACCUG